UUAAGUGCGGCUUUGGCAGCUCACCUUCUCCUCUCUUGGGCUCAGGUUAGUGACAACGUGUGAUAAAAUAAACAGCUGUAGGAGUAGGAAAAGCCACGCUACGUGAAAAGAAACUGGCGAACUAGAUUUGGUGUGGAUCGUUAGACGCCUAUUGUUUCGGGAACGAUCGUACGCUUCGGCUGGUGAGGAUAUAUAGUACCGGACAGUUUGACACCUUGGAAUAACUAACUCCAACAUUCGAAACCACCUCACUGGAUUGGACUGCACCUCCACUCUCGACAGCAAGGCAGGAAAAGAACGGAGCCUCCCGGCUUAAAGCGUCAUUCUACCCCUCGAUCCGUCCUCUAAGACGCAUCCCCUCCCUACAGGCAUCGGCUCCCGGAAGGAUGGCGUCUGUGAUCGCUUAAGGAAAUACUGCUGUGGUCUGCUGAGGAGCUAUGAUCCUAGAGAGCUGACUGGUGUUGUGACCUCCUCGCCCCAUUGAAGGCGAUCUCCGCCCUGCAGUAUGGUUUAGCCACCGUGCCGCUAGCAUCAUGGCCUCCACCGUCGCCAGUGGCAACCAGGAUGGGCCCCCCGUCCUCAAAGGGGUGGACCCUGAAACCUGCAUGAUCGUCUUUAAGAACCACUGGGCGCAGGUGGUGAAAAUUUUGGAGAAACACGACCCCCUGCGCUGCGGCGGGGGGGCCCUAGGGGGCGCUAGCGGCUCCCGCUUUGGGGCCAUCCCAGGCGACGAGGCCAGCGCCGUGCAGAACUACGUGGAGCACAUGCUCUUCCUGCUGAUGGAGGAGGGCGGCGGGCCGGGCGGCGCCAUGGGCCCCAUCCUGGAGUUUGUGGUGAUGGAGAACGUGAUGGAGCGCCUCUUCGUGUGGAGCCUGCGUCGGGAAUUCACCGACGACAUGAAGCUGGAGCAGCUGCGGAUGUACGAGAUGUUGCUGGGUCGCGCCCGGCAGCCGCUACUCCUCCACAAGCCGGUGCUGCGGCCCCUCAUGAUGCUGCUGAGCGCCUGCUCGGGCCCCGGGGCCGCCACCCCCUCCGUGGAGUCCGAGCUGGUGGUUCUGCUCAGUCAGCUCUGCUCCAUCCUGGCCCGGGAGCCCUCCAUCUUGGAGUUGUUCUUCCACACCAGCGAGGACCAGGGCGCCGCCAACUUCCUCAUCUUCUCCUUGCUCAUCCCCUUCAUUCACCGCGAGGGCGCCGUGGGACAGCAGGCACGGGACUCCCUCCUCUUCAUCAUGGCGCUGUCCGCCGAGAACCAUGUGGUGGCCAACUACAUCGCGGAGAACACCUACUUCUGCCCGGUCCUGGCGACGGGGCUGAGCGGCUUGUACUCCUCUCUGCCCCCCAAGCUGGAGGUCCGUGGUGAGGACUGGCACUGCCUGCAGCGGGAGGACUGGAUCCAGGUGCCCGCCCUGGUCCAGUUCCUUAACUCGCUGGAGUUCUGCAACGCCGUCAUCCAGGUGGCUCACCCCGCCAUUCGAGACCAGCUGGUCAGCUACAUCUACAACGGCUUCCUGGUGCCUGUCCUCGCACCUGCUCUACACAAGUUGACCCUGGAGGAAGUGAUGACUACGACGGCCUACCUGGACCUGUUCCUGCGCAGCGUGUCCGAGCCGGCGCUGUUGCAGACCUUCCUCAGCUUCAUCCUGCUACAUCGGCACGAGAGUGUGCACGUCCUGGACACGCUGGUCAGCCGCAUUAACACACCCUUCCAGCUUGGCACGGUCUCCCUGGCCCUGUUCCGCACUCUGAUUGGCCUUUACUGUGAGGAUGUGAUGUUGCAGCUCAUCCUGAGGUACCUGAUCCCCUGCAGUCACAUGAUGCUGAGUCAGCGCUGCGUGAUAAAGGAGAGGGACUGCUACUCCGUGUCUGCGGCCAAGUUCCUGGCCCUCACGCCUUCAUGCUGUCCCUCUGGAUUCACCACUCCUCCCCUCAGGCAGCAGCUGGACUGCAUCCUGUGGUCAAAGGAUUCACAGACGGAGAGCAUAGAUGAUUCGGACUACAUCACCGUCAUCGGCGCUGAGGUGCCCAUGGACAUCAGCUACUUGCACUACCUGCUGGAUGCCCGCAGCAGGAUCACCAGGUGCGUCAAGGCAUGCCAGGUGUGGUCGGCUCCUUACGACGGGGAGGACCCCCCACCUGACCAAUACCAGCUGAACGUGCUGGACGACGACGGCAAGCCGCGCCGCUCUAGCCACACCCAUGCCCCCCGGCAUACCUCUGAGCUUAGCUCCGCCGGCGACCGGUCCAUCCAGCUGGACCUGGAGUGGGAUGACAGCUAUGACACGGCCCUGUCCCCGACUGACAGCCCAGAACCUCUACCUCCAGUCCCCGCCGAGCCGCCAAAACACAUCCAGGAGAUGAGGAGGAGCGCCAUCAUGCUCAUCAAGGGCUCCUAUGUCGAGGAGUCGGACUUCCAGGACGACGUCAUGGUCUACAACCUUGUUGCGCAGAAGGAUGCACAGGACGUCGUGGAAGUUGGCGUGACAAAGCCCGAGGGGGCCAAUCCAUCUCCGCCAGGCAAUGGGCCCAGCCUCCAGCAGUCGGCUCUCAGCAACGGGCUCACCUCCCCCCAGGAGAGUGACCCGGGGACUCCGUCAGCAAAGCCAGAGGCAGGUAGUGGACAAAUGAGCCAUAGGAACAGUCUAACUGGGCUGGGCCAGCAUGGUGCUGAGGAAGACCUCAUGUCCCAGUACGAGGAUCUCAUCCAGGCUCUGGGUGUGGAGCCGGGAAGCCCUCAGGAAGGGGAACAGGAGGUUCAAAGCCCAUUAUCCCUCAUGGAGGAGGAGGAGGUGGACUUCUCCUCCUUCUCUCCAGACACGCCGGAACAGGAUAAGACGCCCUCUCCCCUGACAUCCAAGGACAGAAGUAGGAGCAGAACUCAGGGAGUGCCGUUCACCGGGCCAUUCGUCAGCGUGCUGCUGUCCCGCCUGGAGCACAUGCUGGAGAACUCGCUCCACAUCAACCUGCUGCUGACAGGCAUCCUGACCCAGCUGGCCGCCUACCCCCAGCCACUGCUCCGCUCCUUCCUGCUCAACACCAACAUGGUGUUCCAGCCCAGUGUGCGCUCCCUAUACCAGGUACUAGCAUCCGUCAAGAACCAGAUUGAACACCUGGCCUCGACUACAAAGAACUUCCAGAACCUGCUCAAGGAGGGGCAACAGUGCCUUCUGGCGCGAGAGAAUGUCCUACGGGGUAGAGAACUUCUGGGGGAAACGAAGGAGAAUGGAUUCGGACUCCAUGAGAGGGGGACCAAUAGGCUGUCAUCGCCCCACCUUAAGGCCCCCCCCCAGGCCACGAAUGCGGCCUUCGCCACGCUGCUUUUCACUGAAUUCCUCAAGGAGCUGGCAGCCGUUGCUCAGGAGCACGGCGUGGGGUCUCUCAUCCUCGAGGAGGAGUAGGCCUUCAGGAGACCGUCCUCCACAGGCUCCACGAGACCCGAACGCCACUCGCAGGUCCUGCGGACCGUCGGUGACACGGACGGCACCGUUCAGCCGCUGCAUCUUCAGCGUGCAACAGGUUCGUCUCGGUGUUGGAGCGUUUUUCACGACAUUGACGUAUUUGUAUCUCACGUCCACGGAGCUACCUGAUGAAGAAGAUACCUCUUUGGUGGAUCUGCCUGCCUUCCAUCUGUUGCGAAAUUUGAAUUUAACUUGAAGUCGGGGUAUUUCCGUUAUUUUCACGGCUAUUCCUCACGUACACACACCCCAGGAUUAGAGCCGAGCCCAAGGGUUAGGGUGUCGCGUGUCGUUUCAGCCCUGUGGCUCCUGGGUGACAGCUGAACGCUCCAUCGCAGACGUCAUAAUUCUGAGGGUCAUGUUCAAGUGCAUUGUGGGAUACAAUAAACCUUAUCGUCAUUGGGUGAAAGAUUGGCAGAUAUAUGGGGAAUAUCUGUAUCUCAGUAAGGUCUUACAUGGGAAGCCGUAUUCAUGUGCCAUAGGGUAGGAAGAAAAUCCUCAAGCGUGACGCCUGUGAUUCAUUCAAAGGAGGACAGGUCAAAUUAAAACGUACGUCGGUCCAUUUGGCACCUAAUGCACCGCGAUCCUUACUAUGGGCCUGGGGAGGGAUGCCCAUGUGGUAAUUUUCAGAAAAGAUUCGCUGCUCGGCUUACGAGGGGUGUUAAGGAGCUCGGCUGCCGAAACUACAGCCGUACCGCGCAACUCGGGAAAGGAGGGGAGACGAACCCGGCGGGUCACUGACCGGCUGCAUGAAAUUGCGGGAGUUGGGUGCUGAAUAGGCCAGGCAGCUUGUGAGACAGACGGGGACAUGAAGAUGACAGAAAGCAUUAUCCUCAUGGAAAAACACCAUUGUUAAGAGUAAGGGUACUCCUGACCGUGCGGAUGAAAGCCAUCUGCAGCAUUUUCCUAUAACCAUUGUACUGCUUUAAUGACUUUUUUCCCCCAGUGAUAUGAAAUGUCUUUGACACGAACCAUUCAAAUAGACAAGCGAAGAUGCUGAAAUGGGUGCUGUUGACGGUAAACACGCGGCAGGUACGUCGGCCCAUCGAAACUCUUUGUGUCGCACACUCCUCUUUCCACGUGCGCUGUCCAGGGUUCAGUAAUUCGGAGCAAGCCUGUCUAGGUGUCAGUCUCUCUUCAGCCUUAUUUUAUUGCUUCUUGCACAUACGAGUUGUAUUUUUUUUUUCCAAUUAUUAGAAGGUAAACUAUGCAAAACAAAUUAGGGUGAAAAAUAUAUUACUACUUCAGAUGGGGGGGGGGGUAUAAUUAAACAAUCGUUUUUAGAAGGCAAUUAGACUGCCAUGUUUUUACCAACAAUGUAUAAAAGCUCUUUUCCUGAUAAGGUUGUUUGGGCUAUAAAUGGUACAGAGUACUGUAUGAAGGUCAGGCACAGUGAACUGGGUCACUGAGGACAUUUAGGCUGCAUGCAUUGUGUUGGUGAGUACAGACACAGCCGUUAUUGUACUGGCCCGUAUCUGAUCAGUCAUGGAGUCUUCCACUAGAAGAGCACACGGCCCAAUACGGUUGCCUUGACUUUCCAAAAUGUAUUUAUUUUUUUUGUUAAAAAACCAGAGUCCUGUUAUAUAAAAUGUCAAAAUUUUGUAUCUUGAUGAUUAAAACUGUGCCCAAAGACAGA